AUUGAGUCAAAAGACAACCUCGGAUGAGUUCGCAAGUGUUCUAAUGUUGUGAGGAUUUGCAAUGGAAAUGAAUACGAAUCACGUAAAUACGACACAAACUCAACAAGAUGUCGAUCCAUCAACUAAGCCACCGCCACAACCGCCGCCGGUAGAAAAUAAAACAAAAUUCGUUUUGCACUCAGAAAAAGAUCCCUACGAUUAUAUAUCUCAGAGAUGUACCGCUAAACCUACCAAUGCCCUUGAAUCGACUGGACAUCUCAUCAAAGGUUGUCUAGGAGGCGGGAUAUUGGGAAUUCAUGAGGCGUAUAUGAAAUGUGGACUUUGGUCGUCAUUGUUUAUUACAAUUGUAUUCGGAUUCUAUAUCACCUAUUGCAUUCAUAUCUUAGUAAAAUCGGCGCAAACAUUGUACAAGAGGCUGCAUUUAUCAGAAAUGUCUUAUCCAGAUGUCGCCGAGGCGUCUUUAGAAGUCGGACCAUUCCCUACACUAAGAAAAUAUAGCAAAUUAUUCAGAUACGCGGUAGACGCAACCAUCUGCAUAGAUUUAUUCGGUGCGUGUUGCGUUUACCAGAUAAUAAUAGCAAAAACAAUACAGCAGCUGGUUGAGAGCAAAGAUGAUAUUGCCUGGGAGGAUAUAGAUAGAUUGAGGCUAUACGUACUGGCUCUUUUACUGCCCAUAAUGCUGCUCUGUAUGAUAACCACGCUUAAAUAUUUAGCACCGUUCACACUACUAGCUGAUGUGUUUAUUAUUGCGUGUGUGAUCGCCACAGUGGUAUACAGCCUACGUGUUGCUCCAAAAAUAUCAGAAGUACCAGCUUGGAAAGACGCCUUGGGUUUCUUCGAGUUUUGUGGCAUUGUUGUGUUCAGUAUGGAAGGGGUAGGAGUGUCUCUGCCUAUUGAAAACAAUAUGAGAGAUCCCAAACAAUUUCCUAAGGUGCUUUGUGCUGGUAUGAGUGUUGUAGUAUCAUUCCUAAUUAUUGUUGGAUUCUUUGGUUAUUGGGGAUUCGGUGAAAACUCUAUAUCACCAGUAACUCUCAAUUUUCCAUCAGCAAUUUUUCCUACAAUAUUGAAAUGUUUAAUGGCGAUAAUGAUUUUCAUAACAUUCGCCCUAAACUUCUGGGCGCCUUUCAAUCUCGUUUGGUUCUAUUUAUCUAAGAAACACGAUCCGAAGAAACACUGGCUAUGGGAGAGGGUGUACCGAGCUGUUUUCAUAGUAGCGAUCACAUCUAUAGCUAUUGCUUUUCCUAAUAUUGGAAAUUUGAUGGGUUUGCUUGGAGCGUUCUGUCUAUCAAAUAUGGGUUUUAUAUUCCCUGCCCUGAUAGAACUUCUCGUCAUCUGGGAAGUUCCAGGCCUCGGAAGAUACAGAUGGCGGCUAUGGAAGAAUGUGUUUGUAAUAAUUGUGGGUAUAUUAUUAUUUAUUGCCGGCACUUAUUCUAACCUUAAAGGUCUUAUAGCAAAUAUAUGAUACGAAUUCAA